AUGGUUUGGGAUUGCAUGAAAAAGUACAAUAGGGUUUGGAUCCCCGAUAGUGAAGAAGUUUGGCGAUCUGCAGAAAUCACAAAAGACUACAAAGCUGGAGACCGUUUGCUCCAUGUGCAAUUAGAAGAUGGAACUGAAUUGGACUACCCUGUUGAUCCAGUUGCUUUGCCACCCCUACGAAAUCCUGACAUACUUGUUGGUGAAAAUGAUCUCACUGCACUCAGUUAUCUCCAUGAACCAGCUGUUCUACACAAUCUUAAAGUUCGUUUUGUGGAGUCAAAACUUAUCUACACCUACAGUGGAAUAAUUUUGGUUGCAAUGAACCCCUAUAAACAGUUGCCAAUAUAUGGAGAUGCUAUUAUCCAUGCAUAUAGUGGUCAGAACAUGGGGGACAUGGAUCCACAUAUAUUUGCUGUGGCAGAAGAAGCUUACAAGCAAAUGGCGAGAAAUAACAAGAACCAGUCUAUUAUAGUCAGUGGAGAAUCUGGAGCUGGAAAGACAGUAUCUGCAAGAUACACUAUGAGAUAUUUUGCCACUGUGAGCAAAUCAAGCAGCAAUGCACAUGUGGAGGAUAAAGUACUGGCAUCCAAUCCAAUAACGGAGGCUGUUGGCAAUGCAAAAACCACAAGGAAUGAUAACAGCAGUCGCUUUGGCAAAUACACUGAAAUCAGUUUUGAUCAGAGUUACCAGAUCAUUGGCGCUAACAUGAGAACAUACCUGCUUGAGAAAUCCAGAGUUGUCUUUCAGUCAGAGAAUGAAAGAAACUACCAUAUAUUUUAUCAGCUGUGUGCAUCUGCUGUACAACCUGAAUUUAAGCAUCUUAAAUUGGGAAGCGCAGAAGAAUUUAACUAUACAAGAAUGGGUGGCAACACAGUUAUUGAAGGAGUUGAUGACAGAGCAAAUAUGGUGGAGACUCAGAAGACGUUUGCGUUACUGGGUCUGAAGGAAGAUUUUCAGAUGGAUGUUUUUAAAACACUGGCAGCAAUACUGCACUUAGGCAAUGUACAAAUAAUGGCUGUUGGAGAUGAAAGAUCAUCCAUCAGUCUGGACGAUAAACAUCUCAAUAUAUUUUGUGAACUUUUGGAUUUAAACUGUGACGAAAUGGCGCAGUGGUUAUGCCACCGAAAGAUUAUCACUACCUCAGAGACUGUAAUAAAGCCAAUGACAAGAUCUCAGGCUGUUAAUGCAAGAGAUGCUUUGGCAAAGAAGAUCUAUUCUCAUUUAUUUGACUUCAUUGUGGAAAGAAUUAAUCAGGCUUUGCAUUUCACUGGCAAACAACAUGCUUUUAUUGGUGUUUUGGACAUUUAUGGCUUUGAAACAUUUGAUGUGAACAGCUUUGAACAAUUUUGCAUAAAUUAUGCUAAUGAAAAACUGCAACAACAAUUUAACCUGCAUGUCUUUAAGCUUGAACAAGAAGAAUAUAUGAAGGAAGAUAUCCCAUGGACUUUAAUAGACUUUUAUGACAAUCAGCCUGUCAUUGACCUUAUUGAAGCUAAAAUGGGUAUUUUAGAACUUCUGGAUGAAGAGUGCUUG